CUGAUAUAUUAGGUGUUUAAGGACCAGUAGGAAAACCCGGGCACUCACACUCAGCGGCAUUCCCACGGUCGGCGACCAAACGCGAGCGCGGCCGCGCUGGGCAAAUGGCCGCUGCUUUGGACGUAAAUUGACAAUAUGCACGGGCAUGCCGCUCGGCAUGCCUUGAGAGCCCCGAGUAGCGUUCUGUAGAGACAAUUCUGAGCCAUGGACUCCCAAGGCGUGAAACUCGAGGAGCACCCAGGACACACCGGUGGACACUGGCAGGGCUUCCCAGCAGGCCUGCGCCUGCUGGUUGUGGACGAUGACCCGCUUUGCCUGAAGGUCGUGGAGCAGAUGCUUCGGAAAUGCAGCUACGAAGUUACCGUCUGCUCCAACGCCACAACGGCCUUGAACAUUCUGCGAGACAAGAAUACAGAAUAUGACCUGGUCCUCUCAGACGUCUACAUGCCAGAUAUGGACGGGUUCCGCUUGUUGGAGCUGGUGGGCUUGGAAAUGGACCUUCCUGUCAUCAUGAUGUCCUCGAACGGCGAUACCAGCAACGUGCUGCGCGGAGUGACGCACGGCGCGUGCGACUAUCUCAUUAAGCCCGUGCGGCUGGAGGAGCUGCGAAACCUCUGGCAGCACGUCGUCCGCAGGCGUCGCCAGCACGCCCAGGAGAUUGACAGUGACGAGCAGAGCCAGGAGCGGGACGAGGACCAGACGCGCAACAAGCGCAAGGCGGAUGCGGCGGGCGUGACGGGAGACCAGUGUCGACUCAACGGCAGCGGCAGCGGCGGCGCAGCCGGGCCGGGCAGCGGCGGCGGGGCGGGCGGCAUGACUGAUGAGAUGCUGAUGAUGAGCGGCGGCGAGAACGGCUCCAAUAAGAAGGCGCGGGUGGUGUGGAGCGUGGAAAUGCACCAGCAGUUCGUGAACGCGGUCAACCAGCUAGGCAUCGACAAGGCUGUUCCCAAGAAGAUCCUGGAGAUCAUGGGUGUGGACGGGUCGGCUGGGCGGCUGGCUGACACCAGCGGGCGCGACGUGUGCGGUACCGUGUACCGGCUGUACCUCAAGCGUGUGUCGGGUGUGACGCCCAGCGGCCACCACCACAACGCCGCGCACAAGUCCAACAAGCCCUCGCCCCACACCACGCCGCCGCCGCCCGCGCUGCCGGGGCAGGCGGGCACGCACCCAGCCAACCAGGCGACGGCGAUACCGCCGCCGCCGCAGCCGGGCAGCGGCACAGCGGCUGGGGCGGGCGCAGCGGCGGCAGGGACAGGCGGCGGCGCAGCGGCAGCCAACGGGCACGCAGCGACGACCGGCGCAGGCACUCCUGGGGCAGCACCGGGCGCGGGCGGGGGUGUGGGCGGGACGGGGGCGGGCGGGCUGGGGUCAGGCCCGGACGGCGCAGCCGCCGCCGCGGGCCCAGGCCCGGGCGCAGCGGUGCCGGGCGGCCUGGGCGGCUUACCCCUGCCGCCAGGCGCGGGGCCGGGGCCAGGGCCGGGCGGCUUUGGCGGCCCCUCGCCGCCGCCGCCGCCGCACCCGGCGGCGCUGCUGGCCAACCCCAUGGCGGCGGCGGUGGCGGGCUUGAACCAGUCGCUGCUCAACGCCAUGGGAAGCCUGGGGGUGGGCGUGGGCGGCAUGUCGCCGCUGGGCCCGGUGGGGCCGCUGGGGCCGCUGGGCGGGCUGCCAGGGCUGCCGGGCAUGCAGCCGCCGCCGCUGGGCAUGGGCGGCCUGCAGCCGGGCAUGGGCCCGCUGGGGCCGCUGGGGCUGCCAGGCAUGGGCGGGCUGCCUGGGCUGCCCGGCAUGAACCCCAUGGCCAACCUGAUGCAGGGCAUGGCUGCGGGCAUGGCUGCCGCCAACCAGAUGAACGGCAUGGGCGGUCACAUGGGCGGCCACAUGGGCGGCAUGAACGGACCCAUGGGCGCACUGGCGGGCAUGAACGGCCUCAACGGAGCCAUGAUGGGCGGGCUGCCAGGCAUGGGCGGGCCGCAAAACAUGUUCCAGGCGGCGGCGGCGGCGGCGGCGCAGCAACAGCAGCAGCAGCAGGAGCAGCAGCACGCGAUGAUGCAACAGGCGGCGGCGGGCCUCCUGGCCUCCCAACAACAACAACAACAACAGCAGCAGCAGCAACAACAGCAACAGGCGCUCCAGCAGCAGCAGCAACAGGGCAUGGCUGUGUCACCACCGGGGCCACACAACGCGACGCCCAACGGGCAACUGCACACGCACCCGCAGGCGCACCACCCGCACCAGCACGGCCUCCACGCCCACGCCCACCCGCACCAGCACCUCAACACCGCGCCUGCGGGCGCUCUGGGCCUGUCGCCGCCGCAGCCGCCCGCCGGCCUGUUGUCCGCCAGCGGCCUCUCCUCCGGCCCCGACGGCAGCGGCCUGGGCAGCGGCGUGGGCGGGCUGCUGGAUGGGCUGCAGCAGCACCCGCACCACCCGCAGCUGCAGCUGGCCGGGUCGCUGGGCACCGGCGGCACGGGCCGCAGCAGCGGCGCCGCGGGGCGCGGCUCGCUGGACCUGCCAGCCGACCUCAUGGGAAUGGCGCUGCUGGACUUCCCGCCGGUGCCGGUGCCGGGCGGGGCGGACGUGGGGAUGGCGGGGGCGGGCGGGGGCGCCGCGGGGGCGCACCACCACGGCCACCAGGGGCACCAGGGGAUAGGCGGCGGCGCGGGCGUGGGGAUAGCGGGGGGCGUGGGGUGCGGCGUGCCGGCGGCAGCGCACGGGCUGGAGCCCGCCAUCCUCAUGGACGACCCGGCGGACCUGGGGGCGGUGUUCAGCGACGUCAUGUACGGCACACCCGGCGGCGGCGGCGUGCCCGGCGGCGUGCCCGGCGGCGGCGUGGGCCUGGGCCUGGGCGCGGGGCAGGUGCCCAGCGGCCCCGCGGGCGCGGGCGGCUUGCACUCGCACCACCACCAGCACCACCACCACCAGCACCACCUGGGUCACGUGGUGCCGGUGGGAGGCGUGGACCCGCUGGCUGGCGACGCGGCCAAGAUGGCGAUGAACGACGACGACUUCUUCAACUUCCUGCUGAAAAACUAGCCCGACCAACCGAAAACCCAACCAACCAACCAACCAUUCGACCACCUGGCCUGGAGGUGGUCUUGUAACGUGCGGAGCUCCGGAGCCCUGCGAUGCACCCGCCCCUGCAGCAGGUGGGCAGUCGGCACCCCUGCAGCAGGUGGGCAAUCGGCAUCCCUGCAGCAGGUGGGCAGUCGGCACCCCUGCAGCAGGUGGGCAGUCGGGACCGCUGCAGCAGAUGGGCAGUCGGGACCGCUGCGGCAUCCCGCGCUGGGGCUGUGGCUGCGGCUGUGGCUGCGGCUGUGGCUGCGGCUGCGGCUGGGCCUGCCUGGUGGCUUGGCUUGGCUCGGGUUGGGUUGGGAGGGAGGGGCUCGGGCAUCGUCCGCCUCAGUUGCAGUUGGGCGAGAGCGGGCGGGAGGCGGGAGGCCUGCACGACACGUGUCGCGGGGCUGUGCGGCGCCAGGAUAUGUGCGGCGGGAGGUCUCGGCAUGGGCGUGGAGGGCAGUGACGCAUGCGCAAAGGACAGAGAAGACACAAGAUCCAUUAGUAUGAAAUGUGCUGGUGCGAGUGUUGACGGUGCGGGACGGCUGUGUGCCCCGACACAAGAGUGCAGACCGGACGAGGCGGGUGGGGGUGGCCACACGGUGGUGAGCUACGUGGCCGGGCGUUGCUGGUGCGUUCCUUGCGGCGGCUGCGAUGGGUUGAGCGCGACGGCACUGGAGAGCACUGAAGACCGGGUGUGGGUGCAAUGGCGCUGGUGGUGCUGGUGUAGCGGCGGGGUUGGACUGAGGGCGAUGCCGGAUGCAGGUGUGGAGCACGCGUGCCGGCGCGUUGCGGUUGCCGCUCAGCCUCGUGGCUUGGGCUUGUCAUGCAGGGGUCGCCUGGGUUGUUGCAUGAGUCAUACAUGCGUACGGCAUGCCGUGUCACCGCAUGACCUGACAGGUCACCAUGCUAGGCCGGUGACGAUUGCAGACGGUAGGCACCGCCUGUGCGUGAGUGCCUUGCUUUGCUAAGACGUCGGAUGCACUUGGAUUCGUUGUUGAGAGCAGACUGGCAAGGGACGCCGGUGGUGAAGUGCGUUUGCGGUCGGUGCCUGCAUGUUGGGGGGUGACUGAGGCGCUGACGAGGCGCGGCCGCGUGGAUGUGCCCUGGCCAGUGCCGUUGGUGCAUUGCGGGGUUGUGGCGAAAGCGGCGUGUUGGGGGGCGGAGAGCGUGACAGUGGGGAGCCCAGACAUGUACGGGUGGGGUUGCACGAGGUCCAUGGCGGGUCGCUACGGAGUGUGCACACAUGCGGGUGGCCAAGUCCGCGCUACUCUUGUCCACUUACCUUACAUCACGCCGGCUUGUACUGAAGUGGAAUGCACGGGGUCUCGCGGUCCGUUGCCGUGAGUACUGGGGUCAAGGAUUCCUGGCUGCAGGUCAGAGAGGUGCAUUGUUAAGAUCGUGAUGUCGACACACUGAUGCGGUGACGAGCGGAGAGGAGCGAAUGGAAUACAGGGCCUGUCGGGGCGGAGCCACACAGGCGCCGGACGCAGGACAACCAUGAGUGUUCUCGAGCAGAGAGUGCCGUGAAUGUUGAAGAGGCCAACCUAUGCACGGUCAAGAGUGGACUUGCGGGCCGGAUGUGCGUGCGGAAGCAGGCACGUACACAUAUAAAUCUCACGCGUGAUGCGUGCUUUUUGGUCAAGGUUUUUUUGGCGGUAGAUAUAAUACAUUUAUUAGGUCGUAUCCCGUUCCAGCUCGGAACAUACAAGGCGUGUGGGGGGAUCAGGACGGCUGCGUUCCUCGCAUUAGCCGCUGUACCGUACUGAUCAUGUUGUGAGCUGUCAUCGCCGAGUGCAAAGCUCAUUCUUACGUAGGGCUGUAGGCCAAUACGCGUGAGCGUCUGCUGCACCCGCGCUGAAUUUUGUGUCCUUUGGCUUUCAAGAUCACAUAGGUUCCCAUGUUUGGUAAAGUGAGGCGGGCGCGAGGGUGUUGGCGCCAGCCCACACACAGUUGCCCCCAACAUGCCGUUACCCCCUCCCAGGCGCCCCCUGGCGGCGGGGCGUGGUCGGGGCAACGCUGGUGGCGCCUUGCGUGCGGUGCAUGCGGUGCAGUGGAGUGACACUGUGUGUUUCAUUGUGUGCGUUUAAUGGAGGCUGGACGUGCGUGUUCGGAGGGCUUACGGAGCGCUGUCCUGAGACAUUGUGGGACAUGGAGCCCCCGCGAUCGCGCAGUCCAGUGCAGCGGGCAGUUAGCAGGAAAGGUGUAACAGCGGCUAGAC